AUGUGGGAGUCUCCUCCUAGCCAGAUGCCAACGCACGCGCCCUUCCCCUCCUGGAGCCCCUACGCCGGCGCGUUCGUCGGCGGGGCGGUCGCAGCCGGCGGCGCGCAGCUCUCGCCGGCGGCGGCCGACUCGUCGCGCCUGCCGAGCGAGCACGUGCACGUCCCAGACCAUGCCUGGAACCAGAGCGCCCAUGGCGCGGGAGCGCACGGGGGAAGCGGCUACAGGGAGAACUUCCUUUCCCUGUUCGGGGCGAGCAACGUGGUGCCGGAGGUGUUCCAGGACAUCCCCGCGGCGUGUGACUACGUGCGCUUCGCGCCAUGCUACAAUCACGAGGUUUGGAGCUCCCACGGCUUCAUCAUUUCUUCAUCAGACUGCUCUGGGUUAUCCCUGCAUCGGCAUGGGAAUGGGAUCCGGGAGGCCAACGGAGUCUUCUUCUUUUUGCGUGGGGAGCUUGCCGGUGCCGGUUCUUUUGGUGACUACAGGCCAGCUGCAGAAUUCAUGUCGACCAACAGCAAUAGACAUGAGCUGGAUAUUAGGCCGCAGGGGAUGGGCAGUAGCAGCAGUGGAAGUGGAGCAGCCAGUGUAGCCACGAGGAGGAGAACAGAGGAGAGGGUUGGAGGAAACGCGAAGAAAUCGAAGCAGGAGGCUUCCCGCAAGGCGUCGCCACCCAAGGCUCAAGCACCCAAAGUGAAGCUGGGAGAGAAGAUCACAGCACUGCAGCAGAUCGUGUCACCUUUCGGGAAGACUGAUACAUCGUCGGUGCUGUUUGAGACGAUCAAGUACAUCAAAUUUCUUCAUGAGCAACUACGGGUAAGUGCAUGCGCACAGCAUGCCAUGUGUUUGUCUUUUUUUUUUUGAGGGGUCCAUGUGUUUGUCUUGCAUAACUUUCAACGUUGUAUGGCAAAAUUCUAAUAUCCUUAAGUAGUAGUAAAAUUUGGGCGGAGCGUUGUAAAUAGGCCCAAUAAAGAAGCAAAUGUCAAUAUGUAUAUAUUUUGAA